AUCUUAACACUUAUUGCUGUUGACUCUAGGCUCUCACUUGCCCAGCAGUAUCCACUUCCUAUAACCUAUGACACCAUUCUCAAAUCACCUGUGGACCCUAGCAUCACCAUCUCCUUCAAACAGCCUAGAUCCGACAUAUGCUCUACAACCGCUGAAACGCAGAAGCAGUACUCGGGUUAUGUCAAUCUUCCUCCGUUUACGCUUGCACCCUUUCAGCAAAACUAUUCAAUCAAUACCUUUUUCUGGUUUUUUGAGGCUCAAGACAGCCCAGAGACUGCACCAUUGACAAUAUGGCUGAACGGUGGACCUGGGCAAUCUAGCAUGGUUGGCCUCUUUACUGAAGUAGGGCCAUGCAAGGUUGUACAAGAGUCUAAUGGCGGCUAUACUACACAGCCCAGGCCCUGGGGUUGGGACCGCAGUUCCAACAUACUCUUCAUCGAUCAGCCCACUCAGACUGGCUUCUCCUAUGAUGAGCGGGUGAAUGCGUCUGUAGAUUUCAGCAACGAUGACCCUACCGGCUUGGAUGCCCGCAAGCAACCAUCGCCUCUUCCGACUGAUAUACCUGCCUGGCGCUUCAAAAAUGGGACGUUCGCUUCUGGUCUUACCACAAACACAGAAGACUUGACUGCCAUCGCCGCCAGAUCGACCUGGCACUUCCUACAAGGUUUUCUCUCCGCUUUCCCUCAAUACAUUCCAGGAGUGCAUCCUGAUAGUGAUGCUGUCGAGUUUGCUGCCAUCAAUUUAUUUGCCGAGAGUUAUGGGGGCAUGUAUGGCCCCAUCUUUGCAGAUUAUUUUGAAGCACAGAACAAAGAAAUAAAAGAUGGAAAAGUACCAAGCGAUGCAUUGGAGAUCCGUGUGGGUUCAGUAGGCAUUGUAGAUGGUGUCCUGGAUGUUAUUGCAACCACAACAUCGGGUCUGGAAUUCGCAUACAACAACACAUACGGUAUCGAAGGCAUCAACAUUACGACCUACCAGAAUGCAAUAGCCGUGGUCAACGGAGAGAUGGGCUGUAGGGAUCUGAUAACGCAAUGUCGUGUGCUCGCGGCGAAAAAUGACCCCAACAAUCUCGGUACUGAUGAGGACACUAACAAGCUUUGCGCAAGUGCUCUAUUAACCUGCCAAUUGGCUGUUUUGCCUGUCAUGGCUAUCGGUAGAAGUGUUUAUGACGUGCGAGUGGAGCCUCAGGUCGUGCCGGCUGCCUCCUACAUAGAAUAUCUGAAUGAUGCCAGAGUUCUACAGUCCAUCGGCGCUUCAGUCAACUUCACCUCACAUAGCAUGACUCUGGCCUCUUUGGCGCGUUUGCUCGCUCGUGGCAUAAAGGUAGCCUUGAUAUACGGUGACGCAGAUCUCCUAGGUAACUGGUACGGAGGCCAGAAUGGAUCCCUUGAGCUAGCUAGUCUUGUUCCAGGGUACGAUACCGCCUUCCCAGCCGCUGGCUAUGCCAAUAUCUUUGUCAAUCCAUCUUACAUUGGCGGAGCUGUGCGUCAAUAUGGCAACCUUUCAUUCUCUCGAAUUUACGAUGCUGGUCACCAGGUACCAUACUACCAACCAGAAACCGCAUUUGCUGUCUUCAGUCGGACUAUUCAAGGUCGCGACAUUAGCACGGGUCACGAGACUGACUUGUCUACGUUUGCAACCGAAGGACCCAACACUUCUGAUCAUAAGAAUACGGUGCCGCCUCAGCCAGAUUCAGCCUGCUGGAUCAGAGACGCUGUUUAUACUUGUACAGAAGAAGAACGGGCUGCUAUUCGCCAGGGCAAGGGUACAGUUAAGGAUGGCAUAUGGAUGCCUUCAGAAAGCAUUACAGCAUUUGAGAAAACGUCGGGAAGUUCGUCACUACAACCAAGUUUCCCAUUCCGCCUGUUUCGUCGCAGCACCCCUCCAGAAAAAGGGGGAAAGGGCAGGGGAAAUACCCAGAGGGUCCUAAUUGGGGGACUUUCUGCGGCGGUUGCAUUGCUGUUGUGA